GUAGUCAACUUGAGAAUAUGCUAUUCAUUGCCUCAUUUGCGUGAUAUCUUCGGCUCCGGGAUAGCGGUCAUCCGGCAAUAAAUAUACUUUCAACAUGUGAAUUUAAUGUCCUUCAAUGAUGUGCAUAUGUUGUACGACAGGACACACACGAAUCUGGCAUAUGCAAUAAUGCUGUGCAUGCAUUCAAUACCAUAGACAUGGUCUGGAAUAACUGUCAGUGAGGGUGGAAGUUACUCAGAAGCGUAUCUUUCCAACCCGCUGCCUUACAUGGCCUGAUCGACGAUACUCAACCUGUCUUUUCCAUACCUUUUGAGUUAAAUGAACAAUUGGUAGCUUGCGAUAAAUUCCGAUACCUACAAGAGAGUACUAGAAUAGUAACCAUGAAAUAUUGCGAAUUUAUGACACUCAUUGCAGUUUCAAUUAUACUAUCUCAGUAUUCAAUCGAUACUAGGAAUAAUGACCGUGCAACCUAUUAUUGAUAUCAAAAUAGACCAAAGCAUAGUAUAUGAUACUACUAUCCGCGACUGCAGUAGUCAACCAAACCACCCUCCAAACCACCCAACUCCAAUCCAAAAUGCCACCCACCCCCCUACCCUCUCCCACUUCCCCCCGCACCUAACCCUAACCAUCACGCCCCCCUCAUCCACCUCCACCACCGCCAGCACCUCCCCAAACACCUCCCCCAACAUCCUCCUCCUCCUCCACGGCCUCGGCGACACAAGCCAAAACCUUACAACAUUAGCCCGCGCCCUCAACCUGCCCGAAACCACCGUUCUAACUCUUCAAGCCCCCACGCCCCUCCCCUUCGACCUGGGCGGCUUCCACUGGGGCGACGACAUCACAUUUAGCCCAGCAGGGGACCUAGACAUGGACGCCGGAUUCACCCGCUCCACGAAUACCAUAAUCAAGGAGGUGAUUAUCGACACAUUGUUGAAGAAGUGCGGGUACCGGGGUAGGGAUAUUGUGGUGUUUGGGAUCGGGCAGGGCGGGAUGGUGGGGUUGGAGGUUGCCAGGCACUUCAAGAACUCCUCACUCCAGGGGGAAGGAAAGGUGGAUGAGGAGGAGCUGGGAGGUGUGGUGUCGAUUGGGGCGCCGGUGGGGUUAUCUGGAAAGGCGCCUGCGACUGCGUCUGCGACUGGGAGUGGGAGUGGGAAGAGUAGGACGCCGGUGUUGAUUGUUGCGGGCAAGGAAGAUGGAGGGGAGAGGAGUACGGCGGUUACUGCGGCUGGGGUGAGGAGGACGAAGGAGUGGUUUGACUUUGUGGAGGUGAGUAGGUAUAAGAGGCGUGGGGAUGGGAUGCCGAGGAAUGCGGAGGAGAUGAGGCCUGUGAUGGAGUUUUUGGCCAGGAGGUUGAGGAGUUAUAAGGGGGUGCCGGAGGGGAGUGUUGAACUUAGUUGAAUGUUUAGGUGAAUAAGGGGUGGAAGAAGGGUUGUAUAGAUAUGGAAGGUGGAUGAUGAAUCUAUUGUACAUGACAUGUUUAACUAGGAUACCUAUUUGCUG